UAAGCCAAUCCAAACGGGCCCUAAAUUCUCUCAGUUUUCAACCAUCUAUAUCUUCCCCUUUCAUUUUCAAUUCUUCGCAAUCGGCAAAAUCCUUUGUCUUCGUCAUGUAUUAAGCCAUGAAUCUCUCUCUCUCCGUCUUUCUCUUUCUAACAUCACCGCCGCUUCAUUUUUCUCUCCAUCUAGGGUUUUGAAAUUUUGAGGUUUCUUUUUUUGUUGUUGUUGAAGAAUCAUAGCAUUUCUACUUGUAUACUAGGGUUUUCCAGUUCGCUUUACGGUAUAAAGCAGGAUGAAACAAAUAGCUCACAAGACUGUUCAUGAUAGCAGUUAAUGGACAAAUUGGUUGAAAAAUAGGCUGUAUUACAGAGUAAAUAGCAUUUUUUGGUAAAUAGAGUUGUAACAAACAUAUUACAGGGUUUCGAGGUUCCUUCAGUUUUUUCUGUCAAUGGCUUCUAGCUCUCAUAGAGGCGGUGAUUUCUACGGUGCUGCUUCCUACAGAUCCAGAGAUGGAUUGAGUACGAGGCAAGUAGGUGGUUCAGAUGAGAUACAGGUGCGGAUUGAUCCGAUGCACGGGGACCUAGAUGACGAGAUUACAGGUCUUCGCAAACAAGUAAAACAGCUUAGAAAUGUAGCCCAAGAAAUUGAGUCUGAAGCAAAGUUUCAGAAUGAUUUUAUUAACCAACUGCAAAUGACACUGAUCAAAGCUCAAGCAGGGGUGAAGAACAAUAUGAGACGAUUGAACAGAAGUAUCAUCCAGGAAGGAUCAAACCACGUGAUGCAUGUUAUUCUUUUUGCACUAUUUUGCUUCUUUGUGAUAUAUCUGCUGUCCAAGUUUUCACGGAGAUAAAGGCGAUCUUCUGCAUUGUUUUGUUGUUUCCUGGUGCAAGUCUUGAUGAAGAUAAGAGAAACACACAAUCUAUUCAAGGCAUCAUACAAAUGCUGCAAGGUUAAUUUUUAGUGAUUGGGGACAGCAAGGGUGCAACUAUAGGAACUCCAUAUAUCAGUCUUGUGUAAAGUUUCCCUAUCUUUAGUAGCACUGAGGAUUGUCAUUAGUUUCUUGUGUUCUCUUUUCACUUUUUUUCCCCUUGUAAUACUUGCUAUAUGACAAUGAUAAUUGUGUGCUUAUCCUAAAAAAAAGGUUGAUUAUUGUCAAUGGAAGAUGCUCUAUACUUCAUUUGUUUAAACAGCCGAGCCUGUUUUGCAGAUGACGAUGUUCGGCAAA